AUCGUUAUUUGUAACAACCACGCAUUGUACUGUUACAAAGUUUCCAAGCAGUUUCCUUCACAACACUUUCGUUUUAGAAGGCCAUGUGGAACCAAAAUGGCGCCGUGCACAUUGGCAACACUCUCUGAGCAAAUCAUAUCCAUCCGUUCUGACUUGUCACGCGCCGUGCGUGCUGACGCACUUCCACUUCCCGAAGGGCCGCUUCAUCUAGCUCGCGAUGUGUGUAGCCUUCUUUAAGUGGAAAAAAUACGGUGUCAAAACGGAAUGUAAACACGACUAAAACAUGAUCUUUCGACAAAGUGGGACCUAAAGCGCUGUCACACUGGGUAGAUGAGGAUAUUCUGCAAAGGUUUCGGCGCAUCUUUGUUGUCUUCGUAUGUCCACUUUCUCCGUAAAUGGUCUCCGGCGAGCUGUGCCUGGCAGCGGACAACGACUUCUUGGCGAAUAAUAUGAAGGAGAUGAUUGGAGGUUGCUGCGUGUGCUCAGACGAGAGAGGCUGGGCAGAAAACCCUCUAGUAUACUGUGACGGUCACGGCUGCAAUGUUGCAGUCCAUCAAGCAUGCUAUGGCAUCGUGCAGGUGCCCACUGGACCCUGGUUCUGCAGGAAGUGUGAAUCUCAGGAGAGAGCAGCCAGAGUGAGGUGUGAGCUGUGCCCCCACAAAGAUGGUGCCCUCAAGAGGACAGAUAACGGAGGUUGGGCCCAUGUGGUGUGUGCCCUUUACAUUCCUGAAGUGGAGUUUGCUAACGUCUCCACCAUGGAACCCAUCGUACUGCAGUCUGUCCCCCACGAUCGCUACAACAAGACGUGUUAUAUCUGUGAAGACCAGGGCAGAGAGAGUAAAGCUGCCACCGGAGCCUGCAUGACCUGCAACAAACAUGGCUGCCGACAAGCCUUCCACGUCACAUGUGCCCAGUUUGCUGGGUUGUUGUGUGAGGAACAGGGGUCGGACGCAGACAAUGUCAAAUACUGCGGCUACUGCAAGUACCAUUACAGCAAACUGAAACACAAAGAGAGGGAGAGACACAAACCUAAACACAAGAAGAUUCUAGAGCUUUCCCCCACCCUCGCUCCAUCUCUCAUGGUCACCUCAGACAAGAGCUACAGCAGCAGUGGUGGAGGAGGAGUCUCCUCUUUGCCCACCUCAUCUCAGAAGCGAUUGGAUGACAGUGCCGCCCGUUUCACCACCGCCAACUUCCAGGAAGUGCCUGUGCACUCCGGGAGUGCUAAGGACGCCCCCUCCAUGGGGUCAGAGAGCAAACAAGGGUCGGAGGUCAAACAGGGCAAAAAGAGCAUUUGCCAUGGGAUUGGUGUUCAGCGGGGACGCAAGUCCCUCACACCUGGGAAGCCCCUCGCCUCUGCUGUGGUCACUAUGGCAACCUCCUCCACUGCCGCCUCCUCCACUGGAACCUUUCAUCAAGCUCUCCUGCUGUCAAAUAAGACAUCCUCCACCGUGACUCCUCCCACCUCUGACUUCCUGGGCUUCUCUGAUCCGUUGCUGCGCUCUGGAGGCAGGGACUCCUUCUCCCCGCCCUCGUUCAGCCGCUGCCUAGUGAAGCCCAGUGACCUCACGUCCUCGGAGGGCAUGGCGUCGCUCAGCACCUUUGGUUCGAUGAUGUCACUUCCUGCCAGCGGUGGCGUAGCCGGCGGUAAACUGUACGAGAACUCUCUCAGUGAGCCAACGGGGAACGUUGCUGCCUCGGCCGGCUACAAACGCUCCUCAUCAUCCUCCUCUUCCUCUGGGCCAGGGAUGGGGGGAGAAGUAGGAGAAGAAGGAGUGAAGGGAAAGAAGAAGAGAGGAAACUGGAGGAACCGAUAUGGACCCUGCUUCAAUGCUCCUGACGGCAUGGCUACAGACGGACCUGAGCACCACACAGCACCGCUACCUCUCCCUUCAUCGUCCUCUUCUCUCUCCUCCACCUCAUCCUCCUCUCCUUCCCCCUCCUCUACCAGCGCUCUGCCAGGCCGGCCCGGUGGAGGUGAGAGGGGAGGAGAGAGAGGAGGUCUGCUGUGUGUUGGUGUCAGCAGUGGGAUCCAGAAGUCUCCUUCCUUACUGAGGAACGGCAGUGUGCAGAUUGAUGGAGUCACCUCUUCUCCCUCUGGGACCGGUGCAUUCUCCAGUGGUGACGUGUCAUCAGGGGCGGGACCUGUUGCUAUGGGUGGCGCUAACUCUGAGUUGCAGCAGCCGACACCCUCACUAGCCCCUCCCACUCCCCUCACUGCCACAGCCCCCCUGACCAGCACAGCCUCCUCCCAUAUCAGGAUGUUGGAGAUGGAAACAGUGUUGGAGCUCAGGGCUUCCCCAGACGAGCCUCUCCCAAGACCACCCUCUCUCCACAUUCUCCUCUAGGUGGGCUACAGAUCCGGUAUGACCCAGGGUCAGCGUCAGGGUUAGGGGGGUUAGGUUCAGGUCAGGGAGGUGGAGGGGACACCUCUAUAGAACAGCUGCUGGAGAGACAGUGGAGCG